AUGCUUCGGUACAUUAUUCCUCGCAAGAAGGGCUCAUUUGUCAUCGCCGCCUUUCUCACUGUCGCCUUCUUCUGCAUCGUUAUCUAUCACCGAAACGAUCGGCGACGAGCGAAAUUCCAAUUCCCGGAUAUUGAAAAGUAUGCAGAAGAACUAGUACGGCUUCCUGAAGCAUGGAAUGGAGAAUUACAUCGAAUUCCCGACUAUUCCCAGCCACGCGAAGGUCCAGGAGAGAAGGGAAAGCCGGUUGUUCUCUCAGGAAAAGAAGCAGAACUCGGACAUGCAGAUAUGAAAAAAUGGUUCAUGAACGUGCAUGCUUCUGAUAAAAUCUCACUUGAUCGGGAUGUACCAGAUCCAAGAAUACAGGCUUGCAAAGACAUAAAAUAUGAUUAUGCAACUCUACCAAAAACUUCUGUGAUCAUAAUCUUCACCGAUGAAGCAUGGACACCGCUGUUGAGAACGGUUCAUUCUGUAAUCAAUCGAAGUCCUCCAGAACUGUUGCAGGAAAUUAUUUUGUUAGAUGAUAACAGUAAACGACAGGAGCUUCAAGAACCACUUGACGAGCAUAUCAAGAGAUUCGGCGGAAAAGUUCGUCUGAUAAGAAAGCAUGUUCGACAUGGUCUGAUUCGUGCAAAGUUAGCUGGAGCUCGCGAGGCCGUGGGAGAUAUCAUUGUAUUUCUUGAUUCUCAUUGUGAAGCAAACCACGGAUGGUUGGAGCCAAUCGUUCAGAGGAUCAGUGACGAAAGAACCGCUAUUGUUUGCCCAAUGAUUGACUCGAUUUCGGAUUCAACGUUGGCAUAUCACGGAGACUGGUCUCUUUCAGUUGGUGGAUUCUCGUGGGCACUUCAUUUCACAUGGGAAGGAUUGCCCGAUGAAGAACUGAAGCGUCGUACCAAAGUCACCGACUAUAUUAGAUCUCCUACAAUGGCAGGUGGUCUGUUAGCAGCAAAUCGUGAAUACUUUUUCGAAGUCGGAGGAUACGAUGAGGAAAUGGAUAUCUGGGGAGGAGAAAAUCUCGAGAUUUCAUUCAGAAACUGGAUGUGUGGUGGCUCUAUUGAAUUCAUUCCUUGUUCACAUGUGGGACACAUUUUCCGAGCUGGGCAUCCUUACAAUAUGACUGGACGAAAUAAUAACAAAGAUGUUCAUGGUACGAAUUCCAAACGUCUGGCAGAAGUAUGGAUGGACGACUAUAAAAGGCUCUACUACAUGCAUCGAGAAGAUUUGAGAACCAAGGAUGUUGGAGACCUGACUGCUAGACACGAACUCCGUAAACGUUUGAAUUGUAAAUCAUUCAAGUGGUUCCUUGACAAUAUUGCCAAAGGUAAAUUCAUAAUGGACGAGGACGUGCUGGCAUACGGAGCACUUCACACAGUCGUAAGUGGUACUCGAAUGUGUACCGAUACUUUACAAAGAGAUGAGAAGAUGUCUCAACUUCUGGGAGUGUUCCAUUGUCAAGGAAAGGGAAGCUCACCGCAGUUGAUGUCAUUAUCAAAAGAAGGAUAUCUUCGUCGAGAGAACACCUGUGCUGCCGAAGAAAAUGGAAACGUUCGGAUGAAAGCAUGCUCCAAGCGAGCACAGUUUAAUGAAAGAUGGGCUUAUGAAAAACAAAUGCUUCGUAACUUGAAAUCUGGAAAUUGUCUAUCUACAGCUAAUUUAAAGGCUGGCGACGAUGCAAUUGUGGUGGAAUGCGACGAAAACGAUGCACAUCAAAAGUGGAACUUCGUCGAUCCUGCCAAAGCCGAAUAG